AUGGAAAUAAUUCCGGGGCUUCCAGAAGAUUUAGGGAUGCAAUGCUUGGUGAGGGUUCCAUACAGAUACCACUGCAAUCUUAGGGCCGUCUGCAAGAGCUGGAAUGCUCUUCUCAGCUGCCAACACUUUUAUCAACAGCGACAGCGCCAUGGGCAGUGCGAGGAAGGAGUAGUUUCCCUUUGCGAAUCCAAAGAAACUGAAAGUGAUUUCGAUGUAAUUAUUUACUACCCGCUUGCGCAGUGGUUGGAAAGGUUGCCUCAAAUCCCAACAGAAUUCAAACUAAUAUACACGGAGUAUCAUCGUUGCGUGUUCGUUAGAUCGACAAAACAGCUGGUUGUGGUGGGGAUUUUUAACAGCCGCAGCGAAAAAGAUUGUGUGUUGAUAUUUGAUUUUUUAUCUCGGAGAUGGCGGCUGGGCGCCGACAUGCCAUACAGUAGAUAUUUCUUUGCAUGCGCCGCCUCACCAAGUGAAGGACACGUCUAUGUUGGCGGCGGUGACGUCCACAGUGGGUAUCAACGAUUAGAAGGUUUUGUUUACAAUGUAGAGGAAAACAAGUGGGACUUUCUUCCUAGUCCUAUGAAUUCUGAUUACAUCAUAGCUGAUGCUGAUGAUGAUGAUUAUUUUAGUAUCGGUGUUUUUCUUGAUGACAAGUUUUAUGUAGUCCACCGUGAAAGCGAAAGAGCGCAAGUUUAUGAUCCUCACAGUGGCCUAUGGAAUAACAUAAAUAAUGAUGGUAAUGCUCGUUAUAUUCACAGCUGUGUAGCUGCUGUUAAGGAGAUUUGGUGGUUAGGCUGGAGUGGUCGUGAAAAGGGCUGGAUAGACGUGAAGGAAAUCGAUAUUGUGAGCAACUCAAAGUCUAGAGCUGGGCAAUUUGCUGUUGCCAACAAUAUUGGUGGCUUUUUUGUAAGUACUGUUAAUUGCACGAAUCGUGUUGAGUAUUUUUAUUUUGAUCCCCGUGGGAGCGGAGAUAGACAUAGAUGGUUUCGUGAUAGCAGUUUUAUAUUUUCAUCGCCUUCUGUCCAAAUUUAA